UGCAGCGAGUUCAUGUGUCCGUAAAGGCGGCACGAUAUGACCGAAACACUGCUGACCGCGUAGACUUAACAGUGGGACAGUGUACCUACAGUAACCGGGCAGCUCCGACAAAAUGUCUGUGUCUUUAAAAAGAAACUCUUCGCCGAGUGGUGCAUGAUGUCAGGCAGUCCGUACACUGUUCAUGUGAGCGGCGUUCACUUCCUGCAAAGGGACCAGAAGCGGGCAGAGAGAGAGAGAGCGAGAGAGAGAGAGCGAGAGAGAGAGAGAGGGAGAGUAAGAGAGAGAAAGAGAGAGUGGGAUAGAGAGAUGGGGGACGAGCGGCCAAGAUAGGACGAGAGUGAUAGAGUGAGCCAGCGGACGAGAGGGGGAAACCGGGGCCUGUUUUUUUUUUUUUUUUUAUAAAAACAACCCCGCAAACUUUAUAGGUUAUCCGAAGAGAAAGCCUGCUGCCACAUCUGCGCCAGCUGACAGCCGCAGUUUAUGGAAUAGCGACAUAUCGGCGGCACUUGUUGAAUUCAACCCUUGGAGAAUAGAGAGAGGGGAGAGAAACAGAGAGAGAUAAUGACAGGGAGGCAGAGGGAGGCUUUGAGACAGCGGUAGAAGAGACAGUGAGCAGAGAGAAUGGGGCUUUGGAGGAUAUAGAGAUAGAAGAAGAAGAAGGCUGGGUGAAGACAGACAGAGAAAAGUCAGACAGCAAAGAGGAUCAUCUUUGAGACAGUGGGAAUGACACUUUAAGUGAAAGAGAGAGUCGACCAGACGGAGUACAUCAGAGUGCUCUCCCUCAUCUAUAACUACUCCUCUUCUGUCCUGGUCCUGACUGCUGCUGGUGUGUUUGUGUGUGCCCAAGACUCCAUGGUGUGUUUUUAACCAGAAGACUGGCUUACACAGAUGCCUCUCUCAGUGGCAGAGUCUACAGUGAAUAUCUGAAACCCCAUCUUCCUUUUUGGCCAACAUGUCCCAGCUGCUCCAUGUGGAGAUCCCAAACUUUGGAGCCACAGUUCUGGGCUCCCUCAAUGAGCAGCGCCUGCUGGGACACUACUGCGAUGUAUCCAUCCUGGUCAAAGGUCAGGCUUUCAAAGCCCACCGGGCCGUUUUGGCUGCCAGCAGCCUCUAUUUUCGUGACCUCUUCAGCAGCUCCACCAAGACCCAGUUUGAGUUGCCCUCCUCAGUCACACCUGCUUGCUUUGAGCAGAUCCUCACUUUCUGCUAUACAGGGAAGCUAACAAUGGCAGCUAGUGAACAGCUAGUGGUCAUGUACACAGCUGGCUACCUCCAAAUUCAGCAUAUAGUUGAAAAAGGCAUGGACCUAAUGUUCAAGGCAAACUCACCUCACUGUGACUCGCAAACAGCAGGGUCUUUAGAGGAAACGGGAUCUGAGCCGCAGAGUCCUUGUAAUAAUGGUAACGGACUAGCGGUGGCUGCCCUUUUGGGAACCCCAGGCUGGUCUCCUUCCCUACUCAUGCCGCAGCGUAAGAUUAAACUGGAAGGCGGUGACCCGACGCCCUUGACAAUACCCUCGACACAAAGCAAGAUUUCGUCUUCGGAGUUGGGGAGUCGGCUGGCGAGGGCCAGUUCACUGUUCUACUCAACGGCUGGCGGGACCCCCAUCCCUGGUAUGCCUUCUUACCACCUUCAAGGGGCCAGUGGUGGUGGAGCAGGAGGAGGAGUUGAAAGGUCCAGUCCUGGAGCGUCCAGCCUGCCAACCACUGACAGUCCUACAUCCUACCAGAAUGAGGAUGAGGAGUUUGAGGAAGAGCCCUAUGAUGGGAUCACAGAGGAUGCUUACAGUCAUCUCUAUGGGCGUUCAGCUAACCCCUAUGGGAUCCAGGACAAGCCAGAGAUGGCAGCGGUGCCCUUGGCCUUGGAGAACCGCAACUGUGUGCUGAUCCGCAGGGACCUGGUGGCACUGCCUGCAAGUCUCAUCAGCCAGAUAGGCUACCGCUGCCACCCUAAGCUCUACUCUGAGGGGGACCCUGGGGAGAAGCUGGAAUUGGUAGCUGGUACACAGGUGUUCAUGACUCGAGGCCAGCUGAUGAACUGUCAUCUAUGUGCUGGUAUCAAACACAAAGUCUUGCUCCGCCGUCUGCUAGCCACGUUCUUUGAUAGAAACACUUUAGCCAAUAGCUGUGGGACAGGUAUCCGUUCUUCAACUAGUGACCCCAGUAGGAAACCCCUGGACAGCAGGGUCCUCAACGCUGUCAAACUCUACUGUCAAAAUUUCAACCCUAACUUCAAGGAAAGUGAAAUGAAUGUGAUUGCUGCUGACAUGUGCACAAAUGCGAGGCGUGUCCGCAAGCGAUGGUUGCCCAAGAUCAAGUCCAUGCUGCCUGAUGGCAUGGAGGUGUACCGUGCAGGAAUGGGCAUGGGUGCCGCUGUGGGUCUGGGCCUGGCGCUGGGUGCUCCCCAACCAGGGGUAACCCUACCCUUCGAGCCUGACUUCAAGACCCUAGAGCAGAGGUUGUAUCCAGAUCGCAAGGACCCUCUCAGGACUCACCCACCGCUGACAGAGGACAGCCCUGGGUCAGGGGCUGCUGGAGCAGAGGCUGAAGGUGAAGGUGAAGGAGUAGCCCACGAGGAACAGGAGGAAGAUGAGGAUGAAGCUGGGUUAGAGGGUGUAGACGGAUCACUGGGGGCGCCAACUUUGAUCCCAGGAGCUGAGGCAGGCAAUUGUGGUGACACGCCGCCUGAGCAGGAAGUGGAAAGUUUUGGACAAGGUCUUAGGGUGAACGGACAGUGAAUGUCCCUUGGGCUGCCUCUCACAUUGUGAAAUCUGUUUUUAACACCGCAUUUUCUUUUGCUUGCUCUCUUACUCUAACAUCUCGUCCACCACUCUUUCUUCUCCUCUGUGCUUCCUCAACAGGAAUAAUUCAGCACAAAAAGCUGCGCUCGUAGGUCUUACUAUACAGGAAUUUGUCACACAUGCAUGUGCACACGUGUGCUUGUGUACACGCUAAUUACUGAUAGUGGAAGUAGAACAGCGAUAGUAGAAGUAGACACAGGCAUGGCAUUAGCACAUUGAGAAAAUCAGUCCUUUCUGCUCCACCCUUUUCUUCGUAUAUUCCGUAUUUACUCAGUAUUGCGGCACCCGCAGCAAUAUUACAAAGACCUGAUAGCAGAACAAAUGGCUGUAAUGAUUCAUCAUUUCAGUGUAAUACAAAAACUAACAGCUGCUUUGCUGGCAGUUUAUGGAGUGUGGUAUAAUGGUUUGUAAAAUGAUUCCGUUUUCUUGGAAAGCUGCAUCUGAAAAUAACCCAUGUAACCUUGGGAAAAAACAGAUGAGAGAAACACAGCUCACUUAGAAAGCAGCUUAUUUUGCCGUGUUUGACCACUUUACAUCAUAUUGUUGUAUGAUAAAUAAUGUAUGAAUAUAUAACAAAAACAAAGACUACAAUAUGGUUAACGGUCAAGUACUGUAUAACCACCAUUACAACUACACAACAGAACAGUUUUCUUUUCUGUUAAAACAGCGCGUCAUUUUUAUGAUAAAGUUGAGGAGAGGUUUUUCUGCGAAACCUAAUGACAUCUCCAGAAUCUAACAAAUAAUCACAUGGAGUUGUUUUUUCAUGCAUAUUUGCCCAUGACAUAUUGGAUUAGAUUGUCAAUGUGAUGCCUGUGUCUGCUCCAGACCGCCCCUCCCAACCACACACAUACAGAUACACACUCACACAUGUGCGCACAUUUCUCCCCUUAUGAUACUAGCCUUUAAUAUCUGCAUCAAGGCAUUAAAAACACAGUCCCGAAAAAAAUAAAUGUAACAAUGCUUUUUAACUUUGAAAGUUUUGUCAUUUUACAUCAUUGUGUCUUGGAGAUACAGAGAGAGACAUGAAAAAGAACACAACAGCUUGCGUGCAUGAAUACAAACAAUGGAUACAGAGAAUUAUUGAAAACAACAACAAAACCACAAACCUGCAUAUAAAUAAGAAAACAGCUACUGUUGCCUCGACAUAUGCCAUUAAUACACAAAAGGACUUAUUAUCCCAUUUCUUACUGGGAUCUGACCUCAGUCUGACAGAUGUUAGAACUGACCUGGGUGUGACCCAGGAUUGACUGUGUUUGACACAGUAUCGUUUGGAUUUUCUUUUUUAACUACGGAGCGUGCUGUCACCACGGGUAGAAGAGACUGAUACUAUAUGGAGUAGUAAGAGGAAGAGCACUACACUGAGUGGUAGAAGGAAACAUGUCAGAGAGAAGCACUGUUUCACCUUGAUGUGGUGGUGUGAUUGGCACCAAGACUACAUAGUCCUGCUUCCAUCCUUUUUUUUGUUUUUCCUUUUUUUUCCUAGGGGGUUGGGGGGUAAAUUAUUGAAUAAACAUAUAAGAGCAAUUUCUGCUGGCUUAUUGCAUUUGCACACAAAAAAAAAAAAAAAAAGGUUAAAGGGUGGGAAACUAAGGAGUUUGGCAAAAUGUGACUGUACUAAAGACUGAAAAUUUCCUCCACCUCACCUGAUAAGUCGUUUUAGUUAGAGGAUUGUGGGUUUGGAAGGAGAAAAUUUGUCAUACUAAUUUUCUUUUCUUUUUUUUUUUUUUAAAUUGAUAUCUGUUUUCAUGCUUUCUGCCACGCAUAGGGAAUCAGUCAAAAUAGCCUUCCUUUGUUGUUUUGUGCAUUGAUUUUACGAGAUAUGCUGUUAUGUUUUCCUCUGUUUUCUGGGUUUUCCUGAUCAGUGUCGAAGCACAUUUUAAACACAAGUUCCGACCAUCAAAUUUAGAUUAAGGAACGAACCAAAAAGAUUUUACGGCACCAACAUUUUUGAAAGAAAAAUCUAAUGAAUCAGUUUUUUUUCCACUGCAGUAAUUGAUGGCAGAAACUAACAACCAAGCAGAAACACAGUAUAUGCCCCUGAUAUAUUUAAUCUGUCUGUUUAUGCGUCAGUGCUGUGCCACAAGGUUGGGCCAGGGCCAGGUUAUUCUUUGUCUGUGUUCUACGUAUGUAUCUGGUUUCAGACUUUUUAGGGGAAGCUUUAAAAUGGCCCUGCACAAGAAACACAGGGUUAUAAUUGCACUAGCUAAUAAUAAAGACGUUUACAGUAUCUUUUUAUUUUUUUUCUUUUGGAAGAAAUGUGAUCUGCCAUAGGUAAAACAGGGCCGUGAUAGAAUGGCUGAGAUGAUGAAUGAAUGUAAACUGUAGCACUGCUUUGGUGAAGGGGUUCAAGCCUUGAUUGAAUAUACUCAAAUACUUUUUAUAUGGCUCACUUUUUCCUCAAUUGUAUACUUAAAUAUGGGCCAUACUAUAAUAAUAAUUUGACUGUGAGGCUGGGUGACUUUGUGAUUUUUUAAACUGAUGUGAACAGGUCUUCCAAUGUGGUAAAUACCAGGGAGCAUUUAUCUAAUAUACAGAAAACUGAGCAGAGUUUGAGCUUUUAUUACUUUAUUUGUUUAUUCUAUUCUUAUCCCAGCAAGCUCCUCGUUUUUUAAAAUACUUUGACAGUUAUGUAUGUCUCUAAUGUUGAAAUGUUCACAAAACUGAGAGAUCCUGAACUGUUCUGUAAAUAUAUACGUCAAUAUUUAGCAAACUAUUUGUUUAUAGUUUUUUAAAUUAUGAAUUAUGAAGCUUAAGUUCCUAAAGUUGCUCUUGUAAAAAAAUUAAAUAAAGAUAUUGAGUUGUUUAUUGGAGCCAUUACCUAAUUACUGGACUUUUGAGAGGAUCACCUGCACUUCUGAUUUUGUAAACCAAGGUAACAGUCUUCCCAAAAUGUAUGCGCAUAUAAUUUUGGAAUAAAACCAAAUUUACAGUUAUUGUUUUAGAUAACAAAAUAACAUGCAACUCAAUCAGCCUGCCGCCCAAAAUCUGAAACCUGUGCACUCCACUGUUAAACCGUGCAGUAAGUAUAACAUAAGUUCAUUCUGUUUUUCUGUCAUUGUAUUUUCAUGCACAAUAAGUCUAUGCUUUUCAUUUUACUAAGAUCUAUUCUGGAAUAGACAGAAUUGUGCAUGGCCAGUACUUUAAGUUAGAGGAACAAUGAUAUAAAGUCCAAUUAAAACAAAGCAGUAAAUAAUAUAGGGUGGGAAACAUUGAUAUACUCCACUGUAGUGAUAAAGGGGUUUGGAGCAGUGCCUUAGACUGUGACUGUGUGGGUGUGGAUGUUGUGAUGUGACUUUUAUGUCUAGAUACGAACAAGAUAAAGUACCUGCAACGGUAGAUCCUCCUUUACUUAAGUUAUAAUUCUGCCAAAAUUGACCCCCAAGAACCUUGCUCAGUCUAAUGUAAUAAAAAGAAUUGCCAUCAUCUCCAGCCCAAUUAAGUUGAAAUAUUUUAUAACUUACUGCACUAAGAUGCAUUCAGCACCCAAUCAGCAACAACUUGGAUUCCCUGGACUGACAUCCUCACACUAGUUAUAUGAUUGACUGACCACCCAAAAAACUAUAUAAAAAUAUAUGAUAUCUAGUCAACCCUGUUUUUGAGGAGCUUCCCUUUGGAAUAGUCUUCCUCACAAAACAGUGUCAUAUGCAUAAAGUUUUUUACAUUUAUUUUCCCUGAUGCAUUCACAUUUCAGCUUGUUCAAAGUUUGAUUGCUUUACUACAAAAUGUGUCCGACUCUGACCUGGCCAAUAAAAAAAACCCCAACCUUUUUAGGAAAAUCUUUUUUUUGUUGUUGCUUCUCCUCUGCUUAGGGUCUUUUUUUUCUUGUCCAGGGUGAAUUUGAACGUGAAUGUUGCACUAUACUGUAAACUGAGAAACUCUCACAGAAUGUCAUGGCUUGGGAGGAUGAGCUCUAUUUGUGGUGGCUGAAAGAAAGGGUCCUGUUAAAUGUAUGUUAUGUUAUGUAUUUCUAUAUCUUUGAUUGAAAGUUUCCUUCACAGCAAACUCUGUAGUUAAGAUUUUUUUUUUUUUUAUUCAGUGAAAGACUUUUUUGCCAUUGACAUAGAGGAUCAUUGAAAAUGACAAAAUAAGAGAUCGGAUGGGAUUGUUGGUUGAAAAGAACAUAUUUUCACAUUUAUUUGCCAAUAAAUUGUUCUUUACUUUCUAAAACCUUAUAUAGUGCUCUGUUCAUCCCCCAUUACUGUCAAACUAAUGGGCACAGUAGUCUUUGUUCCAUUGAGUGGUUUAUCCUGAAAACAAUACAUUUAUAUGCAAAGAGACACUUGUAUCAUAAAAUGCAUGCCAUUCAGACACUCACUCUAACCCAAUGAAACCUCUGAUCUUUAUGCACCAUGUAUUUUAUGCUGAAUAACUAUUGUCACUGUUAGCAAACAAAGACUGUGGAGUCUUGCAACAAGAAGGGUUGUCUUUUUAUCACACACCCUGGCCUUUUAUUGAAUGUUUGGGUAAGGUUUCAUCUAUUACGAUAAUGAUGGCAAAGUAGUGAUAAAGAGUGGACGACAUUGACUAACUACCCAGUUGAGUGUGCAUUUAAAACUUCAGCAGACUCAGAAAAAAUGCACUAAAAGUUUGUGUGUGUAUGUAUGUGUCCUUGAACAUAAUGCCAGCACUUUAGCAACUACUUAGUCAAGUGAAAGAAAUAAGAACAGAGUGACCGGGAGUUAGGCGAGUGAGGAGAAAACGCAACUUUUAAAGCCAUGUGUUCAGAGCGCUGACAAUCAGAGUAGGGAUGAGACCCAAAGUGCAUUAUGGGAGAUCUGACAUGACUUGCUGUGCUCUUGCUGUUUGCUUUGUCUUUCUCCAGCUUGCUUUGGUCUGUGCUAGCUUACUUUCCAGAGUGGAGGCGACAUAGUAAUGUUAACUCCAGCCUUCUUGGUUAUAAGUGUGUGUCUCUGCAACAAGGACUGACGGAUAUUUGACUGAUACCUUGGUGCUUCAUGAACAGAGCUGUCCCAUGUUGACAUGGACCAUAUCUGUAAUGCUCUGGUAAGCGUGGGCCGAACUUGGUCCUCAGUCUGGGCUUAUUGGUGACCUCUCAAUGGACAGUCCAUUCGACAAAAAAGGAUCUUAUCAUGCAACCCUACACUUUGAUCAUGGUAAUGUUCUUCACUAUCAACAGGGCUUGGACCAGGCAAACUGGGAUGGGACAAUAUCAGUGUUGAUACUGCUUUAUGUUUCAAAUGAAAAAUGUUAAAAUGUGUAUGCGCCUUCUGACUCAAGCAUCGAUAAUAUAUACGACAGAAAUGCAAGUUGCCACUUUUGAUGUUGCAUAAGAAUCUACCUUUCAUUCCCAUCAUGGUAUUUGCCAUCACCAGUUUCAAUUGUGUAGUCCAAGAGUACCUGAUUUCUUUAAAUGCAAUACAGAAAAAUCUGCUUUCUAAUAAAAGUCCUUACUUCACCACA